CAUUAGCUGUUGACUGUUGUUGUGAUUUCUAGAAAUUGUUUAAACUUAUAUACACGUGUUAGUUGUCCGAAUUUAAAAGUUUAAUUUAAUAAUUUUUAAAAUUAAAUUUUAGUUUUAUAUAAAGUGUUGCGCUUAUUAUUGUUGAUUGCUUAAAUCAACAUGAAAGAUAAAAUCGAACAUUUGAUAGUUGAUACAGCUGGAUUUAUCGAUAAAGCGCCUUUGCAAGACUUCGGCACAAAUAUCUAUACAAUACAAGAAGUAGUAAAUGAAGUGACAAAUAAACGGCAGAAAACUGACUUGUCCGUAUUACCAUACAGUCUAAAUAUUUCUACAGUUUUUCCUGAAAAUAUUCAGUUUGUAAUUGAUUUUUCCAAGAAAACUGGUGACUUUCCCAAUCUCUCAGUCACCGAUAUAAAAGUAAUCGCAUUGACUUUUCAAAUACAUAAAGAGAAUUAUGGCGUCGAUGGUUUAAAAGAUGAACCCGAUUCCAAAUCUGUUGUGUUCGACAAGCCAGCCUCAAACGAUAAUAAAUUGAUUGGUUUUUAUGACCCAGAUGAACUCUGUAACGACAUUUCAGAACUGGACUUGGACGACGAAGGGUGGAUAACAGAAGAUAAUAUAAAAGAUAUAAACAAUGAUGACAAUUCUAUCAACGAAGAAAUUUCUAAAGUCGGCUGCAUAACUACCGAUUAUGCAAUGCAAAAUGUUCUCAAGCAGAUUGGUCUUGCUAUAGUUUCUUUUGAUGGUCGGAUAAUCAAGGAAGUCAGAACGUAUAUACGGCGCUGCUACGGGUGUUUUACGCUCACCUCAAAUAUGACCCGCAUGUUUUGUCCGAAAUGUGGAAACAAAAGUUUGAAGCGUGUAGCAGUAUAUAUAGAUGAAAAUGGGAAACAAUGCAUUUACAUCAAUGGAAAACGACCUAUAAAUAUAAAAGGUAGAAAAUAUUCAUUGCCUAAGCCACAAGGCGGAAAGCAUGCGGUGAAUCCAAGACUUGUCGAAGAUCAGCCAAUGCCACAUCAACGACCAUCAAGACUAGCUAAAACGAAAACUAACGCUUUAGAUCCAGAUUAUACAGCUAGGCUAUCUCCAUUUGCUACUAGAGACGUAUAUUCCAAAUCUGCAAUGUUAGGCUUCAAAGGUUCUGUUCAAAAGCAAUGGAUGAAAAGAAAUCCUAACGAAGCAAACAAAAAAUGUAAAAAGUAACUAAAAUCUGUUUUUAACAUAAGAUCUUAAAUAAAUAUAUUAAAUAUUUAACUUAGUA